GUUGAGCGUUGCCAUAUGAAAACUCGAGCAUAUGUUUCGUAAAUUUUCUAGUGAUUUUUAGUCAGUUCUUAGUCCCAAAUUAGUUGAAAGCUUUAACAUCCUCAGCUUUUUUAUAAUCUUAAGACAUGACUGCGAUACAUUACCAUCUCUUGCCUACAGAUUCUUGGGCAGAGGCUGACUGUACUUACCUGAAAAAGGCGAAAUUUUUGAAGAACCACCAAUUGCCGGGUAUUGAUGAAAUUAACCUCUCAGUUGGCUUCCAACUAGCGGAUAUAUUCUUUCCUCAAGCCGGUGAAGGACUGAAAAAAUGUGUGGGGUACGGUAAGAAAUUGGAAGGGCCUAAGGAGCAGUUAUGGAUCUCACCAAGUGAUCAGCUGAUGGGUAAAGUAGUGCUUACUGAGCCAUUCCCUAGGCAGGAAGUCCAAGCUAUGACUCAUCAAAAUAUUCUGGAAAUUGGCGAAAAUUUAGAAAAAAAAUUUGAAAAAGCACGAAUGGAAGAAUUUCAAGAAAUACUUAGAAGAAAAGAAGAAGCUGUAAGAAAAGAAAUGGAGGAACUAUUAGCACAAAGGGUCGAUGAAACGAGAAAAGAAAUGGAAGACAUUUAUAGAAACAGAUUACAGUAUGCAAAACAACAACUUCAUCUGCAAUAUAAAGCAGUAAUAGCGGAUCGAGACCAGGCAUUAUGUAGGAAAGCAGAUGAAAAAAUCCAGGCGUCAUUAUCAUAUCUUCGUCAGUCAAUGGCUGAAGAAAUGGAAUUAAUGCUUAAAAGACGGACAGAGUACAACCAAGACUUAAACUCUUUUCAAAGGACUUGGGAUGCUAAUAAAGCUAAUGAAAAUUUCAAGAAGAAAGUAAAUGAUUUAAAGAAGAAAUGGAUAAAAAUAUUAAAAAAAGCAAGAAAAAAAUGUGAGUUGGAGAAAAAAGAGGUUGAAACAAAAUUAAUUGAGCAACAUGCUAUUGAAUUAGAGAAGGCUAAAGAAGCUUGUAAUGAUGAAUUUUUAGCCAGCUUACGAGCAAGAACCUGUAAUUAUCGUAAAACUAUUUGUGAUUUACUGAAAGAAAUUAGAAAAAAGGAUGAAGAAUAUAAAAAACUUCAGGAGCAGAAAGAAUGUGCCCACGUUGAGCAAUAUUCAUGGUGUUAUUUAGUCAGAGAGUUAUUAAAGCAAUAUCAAAAACUAAUAAAUUAUGCAUUAGGACAAAAAUCAGGAAAAGCUGAAUACUUUCUAUCAUUAGAAAAACUAUUAAAUUCUAGGAUUGAAUCACUAACUGAUGUGGAUUUCCUACAAAAAUAUAUAGAUGAAAAAUGUCCAGUGCUUCAAGAAAAACAUAUCGAUCUAAGUGAUACAGUAUUAAAUCUCCAGUCAUUAAAACAAAUUAAAGAAGAAGAGAUAGAAAAGCCUUAUUACCCCUGUUUACCUGUAGAUAAAUUGGAACAAAGAGAAAGAAGAAAAAAAAUGGAGAUUAGAAAUGAAGCCAUUAGGAAUAUAAAAAAAACUCUUGAUGAUCUGAUAGGUACAGUUAUACCUAAACUGACUGAGCUACCAUGCAUAGAUAGUGAAUUAUGGUCAAGUGGCAAAUCUGAGGAAAACAAUGUUGCGUGGCCACCUGAAUCGAAGCCUCCAGGUCUCCGGAUUGUUGGAAAUGAUGCUGAUCCUCCUGAACAGCCAUGGAAUAAAUUUGCUGAGGAUCGUAUCAAAUCUCUUGUCCAGGUAUUGAACAAGCAUCCUGUUUUAAAACUUAACAUAAUUGGCAAUUCAGUCUUAUGAAAAUAACUGAAAAUUUGUUUUUAAAAAUAAAUUUAUUUAAAUAAA